AUGGCUCUGAAUUCUCCUGGCGCGCUGUAUCCAGGAGAGCAUUUGGACACUGUUGCAUGGUUCCCAGCACUCUACAAGUUCAGUCCCGCUGAUCCUAGCAAUCCUCUCAUUGUGUUCAUCCCUGGUGGUGGUCACAAUGCCCGCAUCUCAUACGGCGGCCAUCCGGGAAGUCGCGAGAAAGACUUCCUGGCAUACUGGCUCAACAAGCAAGGGUAUGGAUUUCUCGCCAUCUCGUAUCCCCUCCACAGCGAGCCGGAUGAGAUCAUUCCUGCCACCGCACCGGGGUAUCGCAUCCGUGACUGGGGAUUACAAGCCGCUGAGAUAACAAGGCUGGUUAUAAGCCAACACAACCUUUCAGGCAGCGUUGUGCUCCUUGCUUGGAGUAUGGGCGGACGAAUUGUGGUACCAUAUACAGUAGCAGCAAGAGCACGAGGGCUGAACGUUGAAUUUUUUGUCGGCCUCGCCGCGACUCCUGGUCUUCCUGGCGUUCGCCCGAUCCCACGAAAUGUCAGGAAAACCUCACAGGGCUAUGCUGCACUGGACGGGAUGCCGGACCUUUUCCUACAGCAGCUCCAUGGGCAGAACGAAUUGAAUUCUGGUGUCAUCAUACCCGACGACGUCUAUCUCCGCAGUUACUAUGGCCAUACGCCUGUCAGUCUACUGGGCUGUGAUCUGCGGUAUUCUCAGGAGCAUGGUUUUGUCGAGGACCGUCGUACGUCGGUGGAGGAUGCCGCGGCGCUGGACUUUCACCAGUGGCCGUUGAUUGCCGCUUUGCACGGGGAUAGUGUUCAUGAUGCGCGCCAUGUCCUUGCUGAUAGGACGACAUGGGCUUUCGUUCAGACGCAGCACAUUGUGAGCACCCUUGAGACGCAUGGGCUAGCGCAGCUAGAUCGUUCCCGCUGGGGUACAGCCAUGGAUCUUAUUCAUUCGCGACCUGGUCGAAUGUGUCGACAGAUCCAUGGAACCCAUUUCUUCUUCCUCGGCGAGCAGGGCGCCCGUGCAACGGCGGUUGCGAUCGUGAGCCUCUUAGAGGAGGCUCGAAAAUUUGCGACUUCACUCUCUUCUCUGCUUGGCACUGAGCUGUCGGUUAUCUGA